AUGGCAUGCCCUGAUGAAAAUAGCACACAUCUGACACCAAAGAAAGAACUAUCUAUGAGAUCACUGAUAUUAUGGAAUAUUAAUAAAGUGGUUGAAAUGAAUUCGGCAAUCGAUUUAAAGGAAGCGUUGAGAUCAGCCUGCAAACACUUGGAGAAAGAAUCGUAUGAUGUUCAGGCGUUGAUGUCGCAAGGACCUGCAGAACAGCAUCUCGCGUGUGCUGUACUGGCUUGGCAGCGUCUGGGACACAAGACAGUCGAUAGCUUGUGCAAAUUCGUUGAGAGAAAUCAGUUUGGGGCGUCUUCAAGUAAAAAGGAAAGCACGCAUUUUCUUAGCACAAAGGAAGGGAUUGGAUCGGCGUCCUGCAGCAAAAAUGUUUUUGGCACUUCCUCACUAAUCGGUCCAGUGGUGAGACUGCCAGUGGAAACGAAAAUCGUGAUGCACAUGGAAAACCCUUGCUCACGUCACCAACCGAAAAAAACACAAAAGAAGAAUGACGUAAAGACCAAAAUCGAAGCGUGCUGUAUGGACUCCGCGUGUAUUAAAAGACUUACAGAGCUAGACACGGCGACAGGAGAACUAAGAAAGAGGGCAGCGAGACUUGCCAAGAGAGAAGCAGAGAGAGUAGAACUAUUGGAGCGAGCCGAGACCGCUUGGAAGGAUCUAGAAGUCGGGUAUCAAAGAAGAUUAACACUGGCUGAGGAAAAGGAGGAAGAUUUAACCAAACAGAUUAAAAAACUAAUUGAAGAUCGUAAUGCAUACAAGAACGCUACGAAUGUACUAGUGCAGAAGUUGAAGGAGAGAGGGGCAACAGUAGAGAGGGAGAGAGAGCAUCUAACUCAGCUGGAGAAGGAAGUAUGCAAUAAGGCUUGCGAAAGAUUGCGCCUGAGUGAACAAGCAGCGCAAGGAGAUGCCGCUGUUGCCGAGCUACAGUGUCGGUCUACGCAACUGGAUAGAGAUCUACUGUACAGAGAAGAGCAAGCUCGGCGCAAAGUGAUAGCCCUGGACAACGAAGUGGAUUCAAUCCGUGGCCUGACUCUCGAAGCGGAGAGAGCUAUGCGUUCUGAACUAUCGGCAUUGAAGGAACAAAUCACAGAAGUGUCUAAGCAAUUGUUGGGCGAAGAAGCGACUAAUAAAGCCGUUAAAACUGAAGUCGAAGAGUUGAGACAAGAGAAGAUGAAUAUAAUAGAAGACUUAGACGGCUGUAAGGAGUUGUGCGACGGCAGAAUCCAGAAGAGAGUGGACGAGUUGAAGGACAAGAAGGAUGAGUUGAACGAGCUGAAGAACAGGGUCAUAGACUGUCAGUGCAAGUUACCUCUUGAUGCUGCUGUGGAGGUCAAGAGGACGCCGUCCCUCGCCGCGCUUUGCCACUGUGCUCUAGAAGACAAAGUUUUGGACUCUUGCUCAUGCGUCUCACUAAGAAGCCAGUUGCUGUCCAAUCUGCUGUCUGAUCUAUUCAGUGGUCUCCAAUCGGAGUUAGGGGGAACCGGGAUGCAGAUGCCGUGCCAAUUGCUCAAGUGUCUGGAAGAUAGGCAUAACUGGGACCGAGCUAGUAUGGUCAAGUCGAAUCUGCGUAAUUUCUUCUCGCAACUACUGAUUGGAGAACUGGACAUCGCUAUCGCUACGUCAAUAGAAAAAUACCAUGCUAAGUGGGUUGGAGCCAGCUGUGCUGACCAAUUGAGAGCUGUAUCUGGACCAUGCGAAGAAGAUAACGAAGGUUGGCAAGAAAGGGCUAUAGAACGCCGAGCGCAGAAGCUAGCCACGCAGUUAGCUGAGCAAUUGUUCAAGGAGAGAGCUGAUAUGAUCACCCAGAAGGCCAAAGAUGUGAUGAAUGCUGGACCACCCCCCUGUGAAUGCAAGCCGCAACAAAAUGCAGCUGUGUAUCCUUGCUUAAUAAAAACACCAAAUGCCCCAAACCCUACACGAAGAAGUCACGAUGGAAGCCAAUUGUAUUUAAAACGCACGAUCCAAGAUGUUACCAAUAUUAAAUCCCAAAUAGAGGAUCUUAAGAAGGAAUCAAUAAAGAGAGAAGAUUUGAAACAAAUGGAAGAUAAACUCGCUAGAAUCAUCCAACGGGUUGCGAAACUAAAGAAUAAAAAACCUAUAGUCAAAAAUGAGACAUGUGACACAAAUGAUAUAACAAAUGUUGCCAAUGAAUGCAAAAUCAAACCAAACACAUAUAAGAGAACAAAAAUUGAAUUACCGAAAAAAUGUAGCAAAGUUCAGAACAAUCAAAGUGGACGUAUUGAAAAAUAUUCAAAUAAGCUGUAUCAUAAGAAGAAAGAACAAUCUUUAGCAGUUAAUUUAUGUCUAUGUGCUGAUCAAAAAAAAGCUCCGGCUUCACAUUGUUUCGGUAGUCGUUUGACAAAAUCAUCAAUAAGACCGACGUUGUGCACUGACCUAUCUAAUCAGAUGUCUAAGGUGAAGUUGUCAAAACCUCUGUUACCAUUACAGUUAUCACGUCACACAAAUUUUGGAAGAAUGCUUGAAAAUAAACUGUGUCCCAGCAACUGUAUUUGUCUUCACAAAAUACCAUCUAACACAUCAUUGGACAGAUUACUGGAUGUAUUAAAAAAUUGGAAAUGUAAUCUGGAUGAAUGUAGGAAUACAAGUAACUUCGACGUAAACCAAGAAAAAUCUAUUUUGAAUAACUUUAUUAAAGAUUUCGAAAACAAACAAUCUAUAAAUGAACAGUUAUCAAAUAUACCAAUAUCGUCUAAAUCAGCAAUCAACAAUGACGUUGAAAGAAUAAAUAACCAAAACGCUAAAGAUUGUUUACCUUUACCAAAACCAUCUGAAUAUAUGGGUACCGUCAUUCUGGAUAAGAGUAAUGAAAAUUUUUGCAAAUGUAACUCAGGCUUUGAAAUUAAUAAAAGUAUAAAAUCAGGAUCACCGGAAAAUACUUCACGAAAAUUUGCACAUACGAAUUUAGAUGAUAAUCUAAAAAGUAAAGAAUCUGAUAAAGACAAUAACAUGUUUACGACCAAAUCUCAAAUAUAUUCAGUAAAACUACCAAGUAACGAAAAUGAUUGUGUGCACACAAAACAACAGAUCGGUAUUCAGAAAGACUCUUUUAUGGAUAAACUUGUUAAAGAUUCGAAGUUGUUUUCUUACUCCGGUGAAUAUGAUAUAAAAUUUUUAGGUGCAACGUUGGCAAAUAUACACAAAGUUAAAGAAAAUAUGGAACAAAGUGUUGAAGCAAAUAAAGUGCCAAAGAAACAAGAAAAUGAAAAAUCUUUAAACCAAUUGUUUGAUACUAAUAUCGAUGAGCGUGAAAAUAAUGAAUCAAACAUGAAUACAUCAACCAAAUCUUGCGUUUGUUGCAAGAAAGGAGAUUCAAGUGAUCUUGAAUACAACACAUUUGAUUUACUGGAAAACUAUUUAAAAGAGAAAACAAAUGAGUUUAAAAAAAUGUCUUGCAAUUCAUCUUGUAUUCAACCAAAAGACGAGGAGAAAAUUUAUUCUACAAUAUUAAAAAAAGUAAAAGAACUUAUUGUUGUGAAUACAGAACCCUUGAGUUGUAAAUGUUGCAAGGGUAACAAAGAAGACGGUAAUUGGUCUCGCGUGUAUGGUCUACUUCGUGAAUAUUUGCAAAUGAAAAUUCAACGUAUUAAAUGUUCUUGCCUUAAAACUGAAGACAUGAAGAACGAUGAUCUGAUUCUACCAAACGUUUUAGAGGAAGUCACCAAUUUAAUUAAUAAUGAUUUUCAACGGUUAAAAAAAUUGUGCGUGUGUGACACAAAGCAAACUGCAAAAAAAAAUUCAUUGCAUAAAUUUAACGAAAGUGAAGGCGAUUUUUUAGAUAAUGAUUCCGGCAAAUCCACGAAGCCAAGCAUAACUGUCAAAUGUUCUAAAGCAAUUUCACCUUUAGUGUUACCACCUUUAGAUAUAGUUGAUGAAUCCUGUAGUGCUUUCCCUUUAUCAAUAGACAAUAGUCCUAUUAAUGUAGCAAUGGUUGAAAAAGUUACUUCUUGCAAAUUAAACACAUUCUAUGUCACUGAUUGUGAAUGCCGCUAUACAUUUACGGAACCUGUAAGUGAAGAAUGUGCCAACAAAUACCCGGGUACUAUUUAUCGUAGUAGUUCAUCAGAUACAAAAACCUCUACAACUUCCAAAGGUGUGUCCAACGAAGGAAAAUAUAUUGGCUAUACUUUGAAUUGUACGUGCGAGCGUUACUUAGGUUGUGUAUGCACCAAGUCACUGGUAGAAACGAAUGAUGAGAAAAUUAAUUUUAUUUGGAAUUCGAUUACUAACAAUAUUCAACCGCAAAAACUAUCUUACAUAAUGCGAGCUAUACCUCCUAAUUCAAAAUCUGUUCAAAGUAUAUUUCCUGACAAUUAUUACAACUUCCAUGUUACUAAUUCACCAGCACCAGACAAUAAGGAAGAGGUAAGUUUCGAUGUCACUGAGAUAGAGAAAAAAACUGUCAGCAAUUUUGAUAAUAUUUGCUACACUCAGACAAGUUUAAAAGAUGCAGAAGGAAUUAUUCUCAAAGAAUCUCAACAGGCGCUCAGUAAAACUAGCAACAAAACUAGCAUGGAUGAUAUUUUAUGUUGCGAGGAAACGUGUUCUUCCAGUCACCAAAGUUUUGUGACAAUACCUAAUGACCACGACCAUGAUAUUAUAACCAGUAAGAACACCCUUUAUAAUUCACUUUACUUGCCAGCUGUUGAGGAUGGUACAGCAUCCUAUAAAAGCGAUGUAUUUGAUAAUAGUGAGACUAGUAGGAUUCGAGAGUUCUGGCUCACUCGUCGGGGCCCGUCGCUGGGGGACCCCCCCCUAGCUGGCUGGGGUCCUCAAAUCGCGAUCGCAGUGGAAUCGCUGGGGGACCCCCCCCCUGGCUGGCUGGGGUCUCAAAUCGCGAUCGCUGUGGAUUCGCUGGGGGACCCCCCCUCUGAAAUGUAG